UUGCCCUGGUCCUUCCGCGCCACGCUACCCAUUUUUUCAAAACUGAAAAUGAAAAGCACAAAAUACCCGCGCGGGUUUCCCUGCACUUCAGUAGUCUCCAGUCUCCACACUCUCAACUCUGAAUCUCUUCCUACCUCUCCAUCAUUCUUCCAUUUUUUCGGAAUCCAAUUCACAAUGGAAAUACCCGAAAUACCCUUCAAUGAACUACCCACAGACCCUCUCCUCAACUCAUCGCCGCCACACCUUCUUCCUCCCAACGGCGGCGGCGACGACGACAAGCCCAAAUAUAAAGACGUUUUCGGACUCAGCACCGUCCUCGUCGCGUCGAUCCAAGACGCGAAAGAGCGAAUCGCGCAGAUCGAGCACAUCUUCUGCACUCUCCUCUUCCCCAAUUUAAAAUCAAAUUCCAACUCGUUUCGGAACAUUCUUGAAUCUCUCCAGAUCCAUAAGGACAAGCAGAACGCGCUUUCGCUCACACUCGACCGGCUCCGCGUCGAUAACGAGGCGAAACGGCACCGCAUUGAGGAGCUGGAGGUGGCAGAGAGGGAGAGGGAGUUCAGAGAUUGCCAGAAGAGAAAGUCGCGGCAGAACGAAAUUGAAGGUUUUGAGAGGGAGAAGAAGGUGCUUUUGGAGAAGAUCGGUGAGUUGGAGAAGAAGCUGAGUGAUAGAUCUCGGGAGGUUGAGGAGAUUGGAGAAUAUCGCGAGAAAUUGAGGUUGGAGAAUGAGGGUGUCGCCGAGAAGGUUAGGGUUUUGGAAGAGAGGGUUAGCAAGGCUGAGGGCUCGUGCAGGGAGAUGAGUGAGAGAUUGGAGAAUGCGAAAUCAAAGCUAAUUGGCGAGAGAACGAAGAAGAAUCGUUUGGUUGAGGCAUAUAAGAAGCUUAAGUCUCAGCACAAUUACCUUCGCCGGAAGGUUGGGAUCACCGAGGAAAACAUGAUUCAGCAAAACAAAUCUGAAGAUUUAUGUAAGCUUAAGUUUCCUAUCACCCAACAUGUUGCGGAGAACUCAGAGACCUCUAUGGAUGCUUGUAAUGCAGUUAAGGUGGAGAAUGAAAUCCCAGAAGACUUGGGAGAUGGUGCAUUUGAGAACUGUGAUACCUCCAAGGAUGCUUGCAAAGCAGCUAAAGUGAAGAGUGAAAUCCCGGAGGAACACAUGGAAGGUCUUGAGAAUACAAAUCCUGAUGUGUUUGUUGCUGCCUGUGACACAAUCAAAGUGAAGAAGAUAUUGGAAGAUGUUAGAGGGGCCGAUUUGAGUCCUCCUCCUUCCAUUUUUCGUGUCCCAAGAUGUCCGUCAAACACAAAACCGGUUUCUGUAUCUGGUACAAAACGGCGUGCAUCUUCUUGGCGACAGACCCGGGCACAUCAAAGUCGAGCAGGUCCUGACCUCCAUGAUGAUUUUCUUGAUACACCACUUGAGAAUGUGAGAGAAAAUUUGAAUAGAGAGUUGAUUAAGGAAGAUCUCCCAAAUCCAAUUGAGGAAGACAUUGUCAUGAACAGCUCAGACGAUGAAACACAGAAUUUGAAUCUUAGAAGCAGUCCCCUAAAGAAGCAAUCUUCAAUUCAAGUGGUCAACAAGAGGAGUUUCAAGUACAUUGAACCAGUGAGGAAGAAAGCCGAGCGUGAAAAUUUGAAAGGAGUUGAAUGCAAACAGUGUAGGAAGUUCUAUGAAGCUGUUCUUCCUAGUGCUGAUGGUAAGGACCAUGAUGUAAGUGAGCAGAAUUUCCGCUGUGAACAUCAUGAUGGUGUUUCUAGGCAUCGAUAUAGGUAUGUUCCACCUAUGACUCCUGAAGGAUUUUGGAAUAUUGGAUUUGAAUCUGAAAUGUAAGUAUAUAAUCUAGCUUACUAAUUAGCAAGUUGUUGUACGAGUGAUAAGCAACUUGGUCUCGUAAAAACGAGAAUACAAGUUCAAAUUUGAGAAGCAACCUUUCAGAUUGCAAGAGCAAUGACUUCUACAAUUUGUGUAAACAAAAUUAUUCUAAUGUACUAAACAUAUUUUGUAGGCA